UACUAUUUACUACUGAACAGUUUCCUUGGGAAGAUGGCAUAUACUUGCUUUAAGUGCAAACGGAAGAUUUCAGGGAGUGUUAAAAGUCUUUUCAUGCAUUUACGUGCAGUACACCAUGUAAACUCAGCAUCAACACAUUUCCAGUGUAGUGAAAGUGGUUGUGGUAGGACAUUUUCUUACAUGUGGUCUUUUAAAAGACACUUGGAAAAGGAGCAUGAAGCUGGAAAUACUCUUGAUGAUGACCCCUUUGGAGGUCCAGCCCCACCUGGUGAUGCACAGAAUGUUGAAAUUUUGAAUGCUGAGAUGGAGCCAGCACAGGAAGAUGGGGAAGUUGAGGAGGAUUGGGAUGAACUAGAGCCAGAGGGCAUUAUGAGUCGGGUGGCCCUCUUUUUAGCCCACCUUAGAUCCAAAUCUUCCAUGACAUACUCAAAUGUAAACUUUGUGGUUCAGCAUACCUCCAGUUUAAUUAGCGAUAUUGUCAGCAGACUGAAAUCAAAGACUAUGUCUUUAUUUCAUCAGUUUGGUCUUGAUCAAAGCCAAGAGGUUGACGAGCUUGGGGUGGAGUUCUCAGAAGCAGCUGAGCCUUUCAAAGGAAUGGACACUGAUUAUAAUCAGAUGCAGCAUUUUGCUAAAUCUGGAAACUUCAUUCAGCCAGUUGAGGAGCUUUUGUCUGGGGUUUCCUAUGUUCAGCCAACAGCCUCUGCCACUGGCAUUGUGCGGCAAGUUGGAAUUCCUGAUUCAUAUCACCGUAUUCCGUUAAAGAGCCUUUUGACCAAGAUUCUUGAAAUUCCUGGGAUUUUACAGGCCAUGCUGGAAUGGCAGCGCAGAGAGGGUGAUGCAAUUCAGGAUGUUUUUGAUGGGGAGUUUUGUAAAACACAUCCAUUGUUCCAGAAUGAGGUUUCAAUCCCACUUGUGAUUUACCAAGAUGAUUGUGAGAUAGUAAAUCCGCUUGGUUCUAAGACUGGGAUUCACAAGUUAGGACUUAUUUAUUUUAUCUUGAAGAGCUUGCCACCAGACCUGCUUUCAAGUUUGCAGUCACAGUUCCUUUUAGCAGUGUACAAAUCUGAUGAUGUAGCAACCUAUGGCCUUGAUGCAAUCCUGGGCCCUAUUGUGGAAGAGAUCAGGUGUCUGGAGAGUGAUGGCAUCUUUGUCAAUACCCCCAACUAUCAAGGUGUUGUCAAGUUCACAGUGGUCCAGGUAGUUGGGGAUAAUUUGGGCUUGCAUGGCAUUCUUGGCUACAUUCAAAGCUUCAGUGGAAAUUAUGUGUGUCGGUUCUGCAAAGCGGGUAAACAAGUGGUGCGGUCUUUGACACUGGAAGAUCCUGCACUAUUGCGUGAUCGCAAUAGUUAUGAGGCAGAUUUGCGCACAGCUGAUUCCUCUCAGACAGGCCUGAAGAGAGACAGUGUCCUGAACAAGUUGUCUUUUUACCAUGUAUCAGACAACGUGGCAGUUGACAUCAUGCAUGAUGUACUGGAAGGGGUGGGGCCCUAUGAAGUCAAACUUGUGUUGAAUUCGCUAAUAGAGCAAAAGCAUCUCACACUAGAAAAGCUCAAUUACAGAAUAACAAGCUUUGACUAUGGAUUUUGUGAUAAAGGUAACAAACCUUCUGUCAUAAGCAAGAAUGAUCUCAGAAACCCUGAAGGCUCCAUGCGACAGUCAGCAUCUCAAAUGUGGUGCCUACUGAGAUUACUGCCGACUAUGAUAGGUGACCUUAUCCCUAUAGAUAACAAGAAUUGGGAACUUCUACUCCUACUCUUGUGCAUGGAGUUCAUCUUUUCUCCCUCGCUUACUUUAGCAGCAACAUUGUACUUAAGCAAAAUCAUUGAAGAGCAUCACUCUCUCUUCCUGGAGCUCUAUCCUCACCUACAUUUACGACCAAAGCACCACUUCAUGCUCCAUUAUCCAGGUGUCAUUCGAAAGCUCGGACCGUUGAGGCAGUUUUGGGCGAUGAGAUUUGAAGCUCGACACGCAUUUUUCAAACAGGUUAGCCAUGUAACUUGCAACUUCAGAAAAAUCUGUAAAACCAUGGCAUUUCGCCAUCAGAUGAUGCAGUGCUACAAUAUUCUGUGUGGAACUGUGUUGUGCCACAAUACAGAAGUUGGUCCAGGGCACAGUACAUUUCUGGCCAACAUUGAGGGAUUUCAAGAGAUCCAAAGUGGUCUAGAAGGUAUUCCCCUUUUUAGUGAAUUGUAUGUGCCAGCCUGGGCUACAUUUAAGGGAACUAAAUAUAGAGCAGGCAUGACUGUAUUCCUGUCCUAUGACCCAUACGGAGAGCCUCAGUUCGGUCUCAUACAAUCAAUUUUACUACUGGAGCAAGCGUCACACACACCAACAAUAAAGCUUGUUGUAAAGAAGUGGGAAACACAGUGGUUUGAUAGGCAUUUAUUUGCAUACAGUGUGAUUCCCACUCAAGUUUUGGCAGCUGUAGAUGUUAGAGAGCUGCUUGAUCACCAUCCCCUCCACGCAGCAAAGUCCUACAGAGAGGAUGAUGAAAGUUUAUACAUUUCCCUACGCUAUAGACUUUUUUAGAUCAUCAGCUGCCUGACACCAGGUGUAGGUUUGUGUUCAUGUGUGACUCAUGUAAAUAGUAUUUUGACAGGUAUUUAUAUGUUGAAAAGGCCUAGCUUGACAAUGUCCCCCAUAUUAGUUUAGUUAUUAGCCAUACAUGCAGCAUGGAGUGUCCAUUGCUUGAGGAUGAUCAGUAUUUGACUACCAUGAUGGCAAGAACUGCUCAACUUCUGGAUGAGAUGACGUUAUGGGAGUACCGGGAUGUUAUUCAAAUGACUAAUGGGAUAUGAUAAGUUGUACUGUUGAACCUGCUAUCCCACCUACAAGCAGUGAUGUCACAUCAACUGCCACGCCUUCAACCCCCAUGGAGGAACAAGCAGCAGCUGUGGUACCAGUGAAUCAGCUGAUACAGACAAUACACCUCAUUCCACAUUUUGAUGUUCGGCAGAUUCUUACAGGCCUACCUGAUGGCAAGCAAAUUGUUGAGAGCCUUGAUGAUGAUAAUGUCAUCACAACUAGCCAGAGAUGUCUCCUCGUCCGUAUCCUGGUGUCGCACCUCAUAGAGAAGUUUGGAGAGAAUCCUGCGACAGAGACCAAAAAGGCCCUGGCAUCGGGUUUGAUUCAGUCAUUUCCCUGUUUGAAAGACUCAUCAAGCAGUGCCAGUGAAAUAUGGUACACCCCUGGGCGGAACCACCGGCCAGCCACUGGAUUCCUGGAGGAAAGGUUGCGGAACAUCAGGAAGAGGCUGAGAUCAAUCAGCAGACCGCGGAGCACAGCAAAGACACCGCCUCAAACGCCAGAUGAUGGUGCUCUUGCAAGGGUUGUCAUACCAGAACGUAACAUAUCAGAUGAACGUGCGUUACAGCUUAAGGAAUGGUUGAGAAACAACCUUCAGCCCCUCAGCCAGGUAGAGACCUACAUGCAGGACACAGCAGUCUACAGGGCCAAGUGCAUUAGGGACAACAGUUGGACCAUUGAUCAGGUCCUCGAAGAGUUCCCUCGCCUAAUGACCACAGGCAUGAUUGCACAGGACUUUCUUGUCCUGCACGGGGAUGGUGCCUCAAAGUUGUUUGAAAGUUGGCUACCCAUUUAUGCCGAGAAGGACCUGCACCUAGCAAGACGGGAGGGGAAGCUGACUUUGCCCCUGGAUGGAUUGACACCAGAUGCCGUUGGUGAACUCGCCCUGAGGCAACUGCCAGCCUUGCUUCCUCCAACUGCUUAUAAAGUUGGCCGUGGCCGCGGUGCAAAAAUGGUUCGCCACACCAUUGAAGAAGGCAGCUUGGCCUUCAUCGACCUUAAGCCUCCUGGAACAAACAUGGUGGAGUACCUCUAUGAGGCCAAGGCAUCCAGACCAUACCCCUAUGUCCUGACAUUGGGAAAUGACAGUCAGCAUGCAUCUCAGGCCUUUGUCAUUGUUGCUGGACAGGCUUUGGAACACGACACACUGCUUCAGGCCAUCGAUGUCUGUUUCAAGGCAUUCUUUAUCUUUGACAUUAAAUACCCGAAGCAGUGUGAACACGUGUGGGAAUUCCUACAGAAUGUUGUCUAUGAAAUACCAGGAGGGGAGUCCAAACUGGUAAAGUUUCUUCAAAGCACAAUACUUGCUUGCAAGUAGAGCUAAUGACCAGCUUUUUACGAGGCGAUUGAAAAAUGUACACAGUGCCUGUUAGCUGUUUUUUGCACAGAAUGUUUUACUAAAACUGAUUUGAACUGUUCCAGGUCUUGAAACGGAUAAUAGUACUUUGUAAAAAUAAAUUUUUUUGAAGAGUCCA